UUUAAAGUCCAUUUAAAGGACACAAUGUUCACGCGCACGCUGCGCGCGGGGCGACGUGUCGUCUCUCCCGGGCUGCGCGGCUUCUCUGGGGCCGGCGGCGGAGGACACGUUGAGGACGCGUUUGAACGGACAGACUCUCCAAAUCAGGCGUCUCUCUACGUGCACUGGCCUUACUGCCUCAGAAGGUGCACCUACUGCAACUUUAACAAGUACAUACCCGGAGAGAACAAUGACCUCACGAUGACCGAGUGCCUUCAGCGGGAGACCGACACGUUGUUGCAGCUCAGUCAGGUCUCCUGCAUCACCUCGGUUUUCUUUGGCGGUGGGACUCCGAGCCUGGCUCCCGCCUCGACCGUUGCCGCGGUCCUCCAAACCGUUUCGAGCCGGGCGCAUCUCUCAGGCGAGGCGGAGGUCACGCUCGAGGUCAACCCCACUCCCGCGGGAAAGUCAAGGUUAGCGGAUUACCGCCGCGCAGGGGUGAACCGCUUCUCCAUCGGGGUUCAGUCUUUGCAGGAUGAGGAUUUAAAAACUCUGGGCAGAGACCACAGCUCCCGUCAGGCCUUGCAAACCGUCGAAGAGGCCAGGAGGCUGUGCCCUGGCAGGGUGUCCCUGGAUGUGAUGUUCGGUCGGCCCGGUCAGAGCGCCGCCUCGUGGGAGCGCGAGUUGCGCGAGCUGUUGAGGGUGUGCGACGACCACGUGUCUCUGUACCAGCUGACCGUGGAGCGAGGCACCCAGCUGUUCAAACAGGUGCAGAGAGGCGAGGUGGCCGUGCCCGCUGAAGACGCGAUCGCAGAGAUGUACCGCUGUGCGAGGAGGACUCUCCGGCAGCACGGCUUUCUGCAGUACGAGGUCUCCAACUUUGCGAGGAACAAGGCGGUGAGUCAUCACAACACGAGCUACUGGAAGGGAAGACAGUACAUCGGCGUCGGCCCAGGUGCACACGGCAGGUUCGCCCCUCUGGGGGAGGGAGGGGUCGUUCGGGAGGCGCGGACCCAGACCCUGGAGCCCGACGUCUGGAUGCGCGAGGUCCAGCAGAGGGGACAUGGGACGCGUAGGCGGAUUCAACUCGGCCGCCGUGAACUGCUGGAGGAGGUGUUGGUGAUGGGAAUGAGAAUGACAGGCGGCAUCAAUCACAAGCACUGGGCGAUGUUCAGCCCCCGACUGGGUCUCCGCGAGGCCUUCGGAUCAUCCAGCGAAGUCCAAGAGUUGCUCCAGGAUGGACGGCUCAUUCUUGAUGACAGAGGUCUGCGCUGCUCCUGGGAUGGACUGGUUGUACUGGACAGCAUGCUGCCAGCUCUACUGGUGGAACUGGAAAGACAAAUCGGUCAGAGGCUACCAAGGGAUCCGCAUGCUGGACAAACAGAAUGACCGUAGUGUUAAUACAGCAGAUAACUUCAGAGAAGACUGAAAGGAGGGUUAAAAAGACCAAUAUUUCCAUAAUAUACGUUUACAUUUCAUAAUAUCUGUUUCAUAUUGAGAAAUGAGGUGUUUCCUCUUCAGUGGGACUAGACAUUGGAAUAUUUGACCCGGUUAAUGGAGCAAUGCAACGGGCGCCACAGGCUUUUGUAUUUGAAUCUGCCUCUCUGGUAUAGACUCAGGACAUUAGAUGUUGAUAUAUUCUUUUUCAGUCUCCAGGUGCUUUUAUGCAAUUGCAAUAAAAGCUGCAAUAAUUUAUCAA